GGAAUAGGUCUUGUGUUUAGCUGACAUUGCAACUGGACCCUGAUUUCUUUCUGAACUGCUGUCACACUCCAUAGACAGCCACUGAUUCUCUGGCUGAGCUUGGCAGGGCGUUUCUUGUCUGUGUCUUCACCUUCCUAUCUGUACACAGGGCUAGCGUGCGAUUCAGAUUGUUGCUAUGAGGAUUGAGAAUACAUGCGUGGGCUGACCCAUGAGGCUCAGCUAAUAUUUGUACAAUGAAAGAUGACAGGCCACAAGACCUCAGACUGGAUAGAACAAGAGCAGGGAUUUUGUAAAACUUGUGGCGAGGGUUGAAGCCCUAUUUUGCAUUUCACAACUCAAAUUUUAUCCCCGAAAGUUUGCCUGUGGCUUACCUUCUUUUUUUCUUCUCUUUCUCCACCUUCCCCUACUUUUUUUCUCCUUUUCCCCUCCCCACUCUUACUAAGUUUGCAAAUCCCUGUUUCCAGCUGUACAGACAUUAUGUUUGAGAACUGAGAUUUCCGCUAGGGACCAAACUUAUCAAGUAGCCAGAAUGUUACAGCGGUUGAAUACUUGACUGUUUCUCUUUUAGCACAUUCUUCGUUCUCUUCCAGAAAGUGUACUUCUAUGAUGGCCUCCAGGAAGCUGCAUGUACCACAGUCGUGCCAUCUGAUGUUCCUACAACUGUAGCUCUCUUUGACAUGCUGUAGCUAACGCUGUCAAGACGGAUGAGAAGCCAGAGCAGCAGACCCUCAACUCAGCUCAGUCUUUCACAAAGUAUCCCUUUGUGUCUUCUCACAGCGGCUUCAUUUCUGACGAGCUGUUCUUUUUGGCUAACAGCAUUUUCACUUGCGCAGCACUCUCUUUUAAGCUUGUCAACUGCAAGGAUUACAUUGUUUUGAGGUCUUUCUAAAUCCAGAAGAUUGAGUGGUCGUGUUUGCACGAGGCGGUGUUUUUAGAACCUAAAGUUUGAAGGACGUUGACUGUGAAAGAUCAAGGUGUGCUGGUCUCCAAAGUGGAAAGUCGCCGCUAUUUUCUGCCAUAGCCCUCUGGCAUUUGGAAUUUCCCGAAUCCUUGUCUCAGGGAUUGAUUGCUGCUGUACUGGGACCCACGUUUCAAGAUUUGGCAAGAAAUGUGAACCAAAAUAUGAGCAGCCUUUCUGAAAUAUUUGUGGGUCGUGCUUUGGGAUAUUUGGGUGGCUGUGCCAUAGGUGGGGUUCUUUUCGACCGUAUGAAUCACUUUUUACUUUUAGGGCUGUCGAUGUUGGCUAGCUCAAUUGCUCAGUAUCUCAUUCCUCUUUGCAAGACAGCAGCAUUACUGAUUGUCAUGAUGUCUGUCACUGGUGUUGGACUGGGUGUUCUGGAUACAGGUGGGAACGUCCUUAUCUUGGCUCUAUGGGGGGACAAAGGAGCCCCACAUAUGCAGGCCUUACACUUCAGUUUUGCCUUGGGUGCUUUUUUGACUCCUAUUCUGGCAAAACUGGCGUUGGGGACAACAGCAUCACCUGAAAACCACACAGAGCCUGACCUUCACCCUGCAGCCCUCAACCGAUCUCCUGAAGCCGACCCAGGCCUUCUGUUUGCAGCGCCUGAUGACUUGAACUUACUGUGGGCUUAUGCUGCUAUCGGCACUUACACCUUUGUAGUUUCUGUCUUCCUGUUUGCUCUGUUUUUCAUGAAAAGCACAAAGCACAAAAAAUCAACAGCCUCUGCUCAGGAAUCUCGAAGAGCUAAACAUCACAGGGCCCUGCUCUGCCUCCUUUUCCUCUUCUUCUUUUUUUACGUUGGAGCUGAGGUAACCUACAGCUCUUAUGUUUUCUCAUUUGCAACCAUCCACGUUGGCAUGGAGGAGAGCGAGGCGGCUGGCUUGAACUCCGCCUUCUGGGGGACCUUUGCAGCCUGCAGGGGCCUGGCAAUCUUGUUUGCCACAUGUUUACGGCCUGGAACCAUGAUUGUGCUGAGCAACACUGGAAGCCUGGUGUCAUGUUUAUUCCUGGUGCUUUUCGACAAGAGCCCACUCUGUCUGUGGAUAGCGAGCUCAGUGUAUGGGGCCUCGAUGGCCGCCACCUUUCCCAGCGGUAUUUCUUGGAUUGAGCAGUACACGAGCAUAAGUGGGAAGUCUGCGGCAUUUAUUCUAGUUGGUGCUUCCCUAGGGUUGAUGGCUACUCCUGCAGGGACAGGAAUUCUUCAAGGACUAUUUCCAGAGUUUCCAGUAGUUCUGUACAUGUGUUUGGGGUCAACAAUUCUCAUUAUAGUUUUAUUUGCUGUGAUGUAUAAAUUAGCCACCUUUUCUGUCUACAGCAGGGAAAAGAAAACAUCAAGCAUGAGAUCCAGAAAGCUUUGCCUCUAGUUCAGGACUAGGAGGAAGAAAGUGAAGCAAGGAUGUGAAAAACACAAUGAGAUGGCUUUGGAAGUAAUUAAAUGCGUCAUACAAUGGCGCUUCUAUAAUGUGCAAACGUCUAGAAACAGUUUAAUGGCAGCCACACCUGAAGUCUCUGAUUAAUUCCUCUCAACUACAAAAAUGUUUGAGUCUUCUCCAUCUAAUGUUGGAAUUGUCCUUUGAAGUACUUUGUCAGAAAUCAGGACAAAAGGAACUUAGGGAAGAUGGAUUACUUACUGAUUUUCUUGAAUAGCCACUUCCAAAGAGGCCAGAGAGAGCACAGCAUUAUCAGAUCUUCUGCAUGUUUUGUAGAUCCAAGUUUCUGAAUCUUUCUCUAGUAAGUGCUAAAAAGCUUUGAAGUGCUUGUCACUCCCACAGACUCUCACAAACCACCAAAUGGUCAUAGUGUAGGAUCUUGCAUGAGACCAGUGUUUGACAUGAGGCAGAUUACAUAAUAUUUUAAGACCUUUGUGUUUCAGCACAUACAGAGAAAUCGUUUGAGUCUGAUGCCUAACAGAGCAAAACCCAUGGAGAAGUAGAAUGGAUUUGCUAAGCAAAUUAUGAGACAUUCAUAAGCUGCCUAGAAAGUUGGAUUUAGUUUCAUAAAAGAACAUCCUUCCAAGUAGAUGUUUUAAAGAAUUGAUUUGCCCUACCUAUAGGAUUGGACUAAAGAAUGGUAAUGAUCAACUUGGUUUUUGAUGUCCAUGAAAAGAACACAGCAGCACCCCAAACACUGGGUUUCCAGUCAUGCCUCUGCCUUCUGGCUUUGUACCGAGGCACCUUAUGUAGACUUCAUUUACUUCAGCUCCUGGUCUGUGAUAUUAGACUAUGAUGAUUUCCAAAUUGAAAAUACAUGUUUUAUAGUCAUAUGAGCCAUCCCUAGAAAUCAGUGUCAUUGCCAGCCUGCUCCCCCUUUCAACUGAGAGGGAAAAACAGAAUAGCUUUAAGAAUAUGCUAUUAAUUAUGAAUAUGUGCCAAUUUAAUGUUCUUAGUGUUUAAUAUUUUAUUGGUAGUUUUAAGAGGAAUGUAUUUUAAUGUUGAAUUUGAUCACUGCAAUAUAUACAUGUUCCCUAGACUAUUUUGAAAUCAAGAUGUCUUACAAUAAAUGAUCAUAUAACAUUGUGACACUGAACUGAAACUUUUUGUAAACAUAAUUUUUUGCAAAUAUAAAACAAUGUUGUCUUUUACAGUAUCUUAGAAUCAGCAAAAUACCGUAAUGUAUUGAAUUAAUGAAGAGUAUACUUUUUUCUAAAAAAAAAGUUAUAUUGAUAUGCUAAUUUUCUCUGUACUUAUGUUCAGACGUGACUCACAAACACUGUGUUCUGAUUUUCAAUGCUUUCAUGGAAUCACUACAUAAAUAUUGAAGCUAUAAGGAGAAUUCCUCGAGGCCAAAGACUAUGUGAAAAGUUGGGACUGAGUCUUCCUGUUCAGGCUUUGAUCCUCACUGAUUUUGAGGAGCAGCACCAUAAGCACAGUGAACCAAGCAGAAUGUUAGGGUUACAAUAGGACACAGUCUUUUCCAGAGAUUACAAUGUGUGUGCCACUCAUCAUGAGAAGCUCUUUUUCUUCCUGAGUUUGAAAUACUCGGGAAACAAAGUAAAGAUGCGAAGGUGGGUUGAUGGCGUGGGAAACAGAGUCGACAAAUGACACUCCAUCUGAGCGUGGCACAUCUAGUGUGGCCAUUCUUUGAUAAAUGAUGAGAACUGACGAUAGAUUUUGUUUACUUCUUCCAAAGUUUUAUGCUGAAUAAUAUCUAAUUUAUACCUGAUUGUAUUAUGUUUAAGAAACCUAAUUUCUAUAAAUUUGCUUUUAAGAAAAAUGGCUUUGGCUUGUCCUAAGUUAAGUACAAAAUAUUUCUUGGCCACUGCCUAUUCUCCUUAUACUUCCAUUACGACCUUGGUUCAUGUCACCAGCUUUGAGUGGGCUGGUGGGGAAACUGAGGGCAAAAAGUCUGCUGCUCUUGUUGCACUGUACUCUUCCCUUAGCUUGGCUUGGGAAGUACCUCUGCUCCAUUUCUUGUCUUCCCUCAGGCCGUUGUCCACUGGGAGACUUGAUAUAAGAAGGAAUCUCCUAUCAGCAUCUGCUUUUAGAGGGUAGAGGAUGGAGCAGGAGAGAAUAAUGGUAAUAAGUCCACAGCACAACACUUGGAAAUUCACACUGGAAUUCACUAGGUUUCACAAUCCAAAAUGUGAAUGGCCAUUGUGUUAGCGAGCAUGGUUACUGUAACAAAUAGCUGAGAUCAUUCAGUUAUAAAGAGAAAAGGUUUAUUUUGGCUCAUAGUUUUGGAGGGUCUAGUCCACAAUUGCUUGGCUCCAGAGCUUUCAGGCCUAUGGCAUUACAGUGCAUCAUCCCAGCAGCACAAAGAAUAAAACCAUUUGCCACACAUGUGGCCCUUGAUUUCUUUUUAUUGCUGCUAAUAAUGUCACCAUCCUGCCCAAAAGUUCACACAUGCUCUGUAUCUGGUAAACCUACCAAGUUUUAAUGUCAUCCUGGUCUAUUCCUGCUUGUUUUUUGUCAAUGUUGCUAAAACCAGCCAGUAAAAUUCAUGCCACUGCCUGAAUGUUUUGCUGCCUUGAAACCUCCACCAAGUAAACUAAUUCGUCUUCUCAAAGCUCAAACUCCACAAAGUCUAAGGGAGCAGACACAGUGCUGCCACCUUUUCCUCCCUCGUGCAUCAAGGAUGUCCUUUAAGCCCAACUCCCAGCAUGGUCCUCAUUUCUAGCUGAAAUCUCAUCAGCUCUGCCUUUACUGUCCAUGAUUCCAUCCAUGUUCUGGUCUUUUGAACCCUCCCCAGGAUCACCCUGUAAGCUCUACUUACAACAUUCUAGGCUUUCUCUCCUUAAAAAUCCAGAUUCCUCCCCACUGUUAGCUAUAGGAACUGCAAAGGGUUGGGGAGGGAACUCAGUGAUCAGGAGCAUGCCUAGACAUAAUUUCUUGGUACAACUUUCCCGUAUUAAACAAUUUCCAUUACCUGACUAAUAUCUGAAAUUAUUUAUAAAAAAGAAAAGAUGUGUGUUUACAAUUUUGGUGGUUCCUGUCCAUGGUCAAUCCAAAAGUCUUUUUGCUUUUGGGCUUCUGAGAAGGCCACACAUGAUGGGAUGGCUGGGGAGUGCGUGGCAAAAGAAAGCCAUUCACCUCACACCAGGAAACAGAAGAGAAUGAGAAAGGGACAGAGUUUCUUCCAUUCUCUUCUAUCCCGAUUACAUAAGAGGCCUUGUGGUAGGUCUGGUUCUCACAGGUUCCACUACCUAGAAAUAGCACAACUCUGGGACCAAGCUUUUAACAUAUGCACUGAGGAGACAUAAAAAUUCAAACUAUAGCAGCUAUAUGUGAUCGUAGGCAUCAUGAAAGCUUGAAUGUGUAUUCCUAUGUUGGGAGAAAAAGAUUUAUUCUAAUCCUAAGACGUAAUAUUAAUCUAAAUGGUCAGUUUUUCAGUGUUUGUUGAUAUGCAAGUUACCCAAGUUUUCCAUCACAGAGUAAUAAAUAACCACAAAUUUAGCAACUUAAAACAACAUACAUGUAUUUAUUUAUAUAUUUUUGCUGUACUGGUGAUUAACCCCAGGGCUCUCCAAACCAUUUCCAAAGGAUCCAAAACUAUUUUUUAAGUAUAUAUUAUUUUUUAAGUAGAAGCCAAGAAGAAAAAUUCUUUUUUAUUACCUUCAUUGCUACAUGAUCAACAGUUCACCGUUUAUACACCUUUGUACCACAUAACAAAGAGCUCAGGUGAUGUGUGGCACAUGUGUGUGAUCCUGGCUCGUUUAGGAGACUGAGAUAAGAGGAUCAAAAUUUCAAAGCUAUCAGAGCAACUUAGCAAGAUUCUGUCUCAAAAAAUAAAACUAAAUAAGAACCAAGCAGGAACAACAAAAUAAAAUAAAAAUUUGUAUGAGUAAAAUAUUGAUGUAAAU